AAUGAAUGUGAAGGCACACAGGGAAUAAUUACUAAUUAGUAAAUAAUUACUGUUACCAAACUGACAUCAAAGGUCACUCGGACUAACUCUGACUAACUUCCACUAAUUAAUACAUCUACGAGUCUUCCCUCAGUGCCAGUGGGCUGUCUCAGCUGUCAGCUAAACACAGGAUUGGACAGUGAUAAGCCGGGUUGGGGAAAUGCUGUUGCAUGAGAUGGAAUUUCAACUUUGUCCCCUGAAACCUUCAGGCAGAUUUCCUCAACUACCCCAGAGGAGCGUAGUGAAUAAACUCCUCUGCUUUUCCUGUUGUUUCAUUGGCGUUUCAUCAGCUGCUUUAAUGUCAAAAUAAAGAUGCCGACUACAGACAGGGUGAACGAAGGGAUGGACAUCUUUGACCUUCUGCUAAGGAAUACAGGAGAAUCGGCCAGUUGCCACAGCGACCAACCGUGGACCGUGACAAUUAAUGAUAACACAAGCUCUCAGGGAGGCAACGCUGAUGACUUCUUAAAUGCUCUGCUGCAGGAGUCCUCGUCCGCGCCGGCAUCACCUCUGUGGUCCCCCUGCACCACUGACAGUGGCAUUAACGAGGAAGCCCUGACAGAUCACACAGACAGCCCCCAUCCAAUCUCCUGCUCCGCUUUCCCAGAGUUUGACAUCCAUGCUUAUCCUAAGCCUCCAUCCGUAGGGAGCCAGACGCCAGCGAAUGAAAAAACGCCCGAUAUUCGCGUUGAUUUGGGCUGGGAUUCUGCUGGACUUCAUGAGGAUUUUGGAAUUACAUACUAUCUCACCACGAACCAAAAUCCCCUGCUAUCAUCCAGCCACACUCUCACAGUGAAGGACCUGUUACUGUCAAACCUGGGACAGAAAGUGCAACGAACCCCUCAACAGUCCCUGGAGGAUCUCAAUCUUAAUGAGGAUGAGAAGAAGCUUCUGGCCAAAGAAGGAAUACAUUUACCAAGCAAACUGCCCCUGUCUAAGUUUGAAGAGAGGGUUUUGAAGAAGAUCCGGCGGAAAAUCCGCAACAAACGCUCGGCUCAAGAAAGCCGGAAGAAGAAGAGAGAAUAUGUUGACAGUCUGGAGGGAAGAAUGUCUGCAUGCAGUGCUCACAACCUCGAGUUGCAGAGAAAGAUUCAGGAUUUGGAGGAGACCAACAAUGCUCUGCUGGAGAAGCUGAGGCGACUACAGACUCUCUUCCCGAACAGCUCCGGCAAAACAACAAACAGAACAGGAACUUGCAUGCUGGUUUUGCUGCUGUCCUUUUCUCUGCUCAUUUCCUCGAGUCUUCAGCCCAACCCGUACAGCCAGCAGAGCCAGGCAGAGUAUACAGAGACCAAAGCGUCGUCCCGCUCUCUGCUGUCGGUGGAUGAGACGGGAGGGGUCUCUCCUCCCAUCGUUCCCCAUCCCUCCAUCUCCAGGGGCUUUGAAGUCCUGAGAAGCCUGACGGAGAAGUUACAGGCCUGGACGGACCUCCCCGCUGCAGACCACCCCUCCUCUCACCGCCUGGAUCACAGGGGAAAGGAUGAUUACCUGUCUCACCUGAGGAGAAACGCAUAGCAAAAGAGUGCUGACACGCUUGCAAGUGCAUUAGCCAAGCGAGCACCCCAAAUACUCUGCAGGACUCUUAUUGUUAAAGACUCGAUGGCUCUCCAGCAGACACAUCCAACCAGAAGGUGCUGCGUCCGGUUCACUUUCUGAAGUUUAGUCGAUGCGGACGUCAAGGACCAAGUGGAUUGGUUAUUGUAUCUAUGUGAAAAAAGUUUUAUUUAAAUGUAAAAAAAAAAGCUGUUAAACCUUUAAAAAAAAAGCCAAAUGUAUGUUCACUGCUGUGAAUCUUUUAUUAUUCACUUGAAAUUUUCAUUUUAAGUGUUUUUUUGUAUAGCAUUUCAAUGAAAUGUUGAGGAAGAAGGAUAAUGAUUGUUCACAGGCAAAUGUUGGAAUCACCUGAGUCACCUUCUUUCUUUAAUUUGCCGUAUAUCUAGUUUGGAGGAUUUAGGGCUAUAUUAGAAAUUAAAACUCUAACAAGAAACUCCCUCAACACAUUAGUAUCUUUAGUAAUUUCACGGUGUGGUAUCUAUCGUCUCAUCGAUGACAACCCGUACAGUUAUUCACCUCUUAAAAACAUUAAAUGAUUACCAGAUCUCAUCAUAUCCAUCAACGCUGUCACAUCACAAAUGUUCUGUGAAGCUGCUAUGUGGAUAAAUGUUUCCAUUUCACAACAUGUGGUGAGACUGCAAGAUUUUGUUUGCUCUCAUUUUGCCAAUUAAAAUCCUUAUCGUUCGGUCAUGAGCCCCUGCUCUUCUAUGUUAUUUCAUGAUGUCCAAAGCGUCUCCUUCGAGUAUUGGGGGGUCCUUUUGCCCCGUCAUUUAUGUUCAUGUCAUCGCUCACUGUGACUCAAACUGAAUUUGGAAAUCC